GCAAGGCCCUUGGCCUGUGUCCGGGAGCAGGAGACGGCCCGGGCGGCGCAGCCUCCACGUGUCCCCGGCUCCCCUGCAGGCCUGAAGGUCCCGCGUGCUCGGCAAGCUGGGGGUGUCGCCCCGCCCGCGCCCCACAGCCUCACUCUACGGACGGAGGCAUGUCCGAGAGAGGAGAUGCGGCCGCAGGGGACAGGAACAGCCCAAAGAUGAGAGUGAUCCGCGUGGGGACUCGCAAGAGCGAGCUGGCAAGGACACAGACGGACAGUGUGGUAAAAAUGCUGAUGAACCUCUACCCUGGUCUGCAGUUUGAAAUCAUUGCCAUGUCUACCACUGGGGAUAAGAUCCUGGAUACUGCACUCUCCAAGAUUGGAGAAAAAAGCCUGUUUACUAAAGAGCUGGAAUAUGCUUUGGAAAAGAAUGAAGUGGACCUGGUUGUGCACUCCCUGAAGGACUUGCCCACUGUCCUGCCCCCAGCCUUCACUAUUGGUGCUGUCUGCAAGCGGGAAAGCCCUUAUGAUGCUGUUAUCUUCCAUCCAAAAUAUGCUGGACAGACCUUGGCUACCUUGCCAGAGAAGAGUGUGGUAGGGACCAGCUCCCUUCGUAGAGCAGCUCAGUUGCAGCGGAAAUAUCCACACCUGGAAUUCAAGAGUAUUAGAGGCAAUCUCAAUACUCGGCUUCGGAAGCUGGAUGAACAGCAGGAAUUUAGUGCCAUCAUCCUAGCAGCAGCUGGACUGCAACGUAUGAAUUGGCAGGACCGCAUAGGGCAGUUCCUGUACCCUGAAGAAUGUCUGUAUGCUGUGGGCCAGGGGGCCCUGGGUGUUGAAGUCCGAGCCAAGGACCAAGAAGUGUUAGAUUUGGUUCGAGUGCUCCAUGAUCCCGAGACCUUGCUCCGAUGCAUUGCCGAGAGGGCCUUCUUGAGGCACCUGGAAGGAGGCUGCAGUGUGCCUGUGGCAGUCCAUACAGUCCUCAAGGAUGGGCAGCUGUACCUGACUGGUGGAGUUUGGAGUCUGGAUGGCUCAGAUAGUCUGAAGGAAACCAUGCAGACAACCAUCAACGUCUUAGGCCAGCUUGAAGAUGGCCCAGAGGAUAACGUGCAGCGGGUGGGCAUCACUGCUCGGCAUAUUUCUCAGGGAGCCCAGCUGGCAGCUGAAAACCUGGGUAUCAGUCUUGCUAACCUGCUGCUCAGCAAGGGAGCAAAGAGAAUCCUGGAUGUAGCAAGGCAGCUCAACGACGCCCGCUAAUCUAGCUUUUGAGGGCAUUUUCUGCCUAGGAACAGGGUCACAGUUAUUCUGGGGUAUCCUGAACCCUUCCCCCAUCAACCAGCUGAACAAGAGCUACUACCCCAGGCACAAAAACUGCAUCCUCUGGGGACUCGGGUGUGGGAUAGGGGACCUGUUGCUGCUAAGUGCCCUAGUGCCUUGUUCUGCCUUCCUUUAUCCAAGGGGCCGGACGAUCGUCUUGUUUUCUGUGCAGUCACAGACAUUGAAUGUAACCAAAUCUGUCAAUAAAACACAUCAAGUAAC